CGCCAGUAUAGCGCAGUCGCAAUGUUGUGACGUGACGUCAUUUUCCAUUCAUAGUUUUUAGUUCAUCAAUGGGGCAAUGUUAUGGCAAUAUUCGAUUAGUUUCUUGAGAAUAAAGUGUUGUCUCAGAAGUUUUAUGUGUGAUUAAUGUUUUUACAUUUACAGUGUAACUGAAUAUUUUAUUAUAUUUGCAUACAGUGUUUAUUUUUGAUGGGGAAAUCAUUCUUCGCUAGUAAAGGCUCUAAAGUGCAUUCAUUGAUGAAUGAAUAGAAGUGAAAAUUGUGCAUGCGCAGUGUGUUAUAGUUAUAAAAUGAUCAUAUUAAACGUACGACUUCAAGAAAUAAAUAAAGAAGCUUAUUUUUGAGACAAUUUCCUCAAUUCCAAGUAGAAUAUUACUAGUUACGACACUCCGGAAGUGGCGGGACAAGCCGGCCGAGGGGCUCGCUCCGAAAGAGAUAACAGCGGAUGAAAGAGAUAAACAGUUAUGGAUUUAACAUGGCGGACGAAACGCGUAAAGUGCGAGUAGAAGAACGAUUGAAAAUAAAAAUUGGUGAAGCUAAGAAUUUACCAGGUCGUAACAAUGGAGCCGCGUGUGCCCGCGAUAUAUACUGCGUGCUGUCCUUGGACCAAGAAGAAAUAUUUCGCACAUCCACUAUUGAAAGAACACUCAACCCAUUUUUUGGCGAAGAAUUCCAAUUCGAAGUGCCCCGCAGAUUUAGAUACUUAUCCAUAUACGUGUUCGACCGUGACAAACAGGCUAGCAAGCAGGACAAAGUCCUCGGAAAAGUUGCUAUCAAAAGAGAAGAUUUGGAGAAGUAUAACAAUACUGACCACUGGUUCGCUCUGCGACCGGUGGAUGCGGACUCGGAAGUACAGGGUAAAGCAUACAUUGAACUCUCCAUGGAGGACUCAAGAAAACGAUUGCGCAUGGACCCUAAACCUCCCGAUCCCGACUUCAGCGAAUGUUCCAAGGCGAAGGCAAACAAUCUCACUAGACUAUCAGAAUAUUGUAAAGAGAGCAUGCGAUUCGGCUCGUGUUCGAGUUCGACUAGUAAAAAGCUGUUAGCGGCUGUUGCAACGGAACCUGCACUGUCCCUCUCCCGCUCAGAAAGUUUAAAGGAUCGCGCGCAAUGGUCUGUACGCCCGAAACCACCGAUGCACACAAUGGCAGAAUCGCCGUCUCCCACCGCAGCCGACUAUUGGUCGGAUCCAGAAAGACAUUGCGCGGCACACGUUGGACCUGACACGAUACGCUUAAGGGUUUUAGAAUGUUCAGAACUGACCACCAAGAAUGGGCAGUGUGAUCCGUUUGCGCUAGUAACGUUGUUGUAUUCGAAUGGAAGGAGGGUAGAAAAGCGCACGAAACCGAGAAAAAAGACGGUCAAUCCACAAUUUGAUGAAAUUUUUUGUUUUGAUCUCGUCAUGGAGGCUGAUCCUAAGGAUAAGGAUGGAUCGCAGACGGCUGGUGUGGCGUGCGAGGCUAGAGUGUCAGUCUGGCAUGACGCGGCUACUCCCGUGUUUUUGGGAGAAGUCCGCUUACAGUUAAGACAACCAGCGCCCGAUCCUUUGUGUGCAUGGUUCUUCCUAACAUCAAGGGCGGGCGGCGCGUUGUCACGAGGUGCGACUCCGCCCGGCACGCGGUUGUCAGCAGCAGGCAGUUCUACCCUUGGGUCUUUGCGGCUCCUGCUCAGAUACACUGUCGACCACGUUUUUCCCUUACAACACUAUCGGCAAUUAGAGGAGCUUUUUCUCAGAAGUGUACAUCAGAAGCCAAUAACAACCUCAGCGGUAUACAUCUUAGGCGAAAUAGUAUCUAGUAAGACGGAAGCCGCCCAGCCCCUUGUAAGACUCUUCACACAUCAUGAUCUCAUCGUUCCCAUCGUUAAAGAACUCGCUGAUGCUGAGAUUUCUGUCCUCACUGACGCGACAACAAUAUUCCGUGGCAACACGCUGGUAUCCAAAAUGAUGGAUGAGGCGAUGAGGCUAACGGGAGCCGCCUAUCUUCGUUCAGUACUACGGCCUACACUCGCAGCAGUUCUUCAUGAGAAGAGGCCCUGCGAGAUUGACCCAGCCAGAGUUAAGCCAUCUGCAGAUAUCGCUGCUAACCUGGCUAAUUUGAAGGACUAUGUUGAGAGGGUAUUUGCCGCAAUAACGUCAUCGUACGGCACUUGUCCAUCAGUGAUGUGUCGCCUAUUCGACGCAUUACGGCAGUGUGCAGCAAGGCAUUUCCCACACAACGCUGAAGUUCGAUACUCUGUAGUCUCUGGAUUUAUCUUUUUACGUUUCUUCGCCCCUGCCAUACUAGGUCCGAGGCUUUUCGAUCUCACAACUGAACAAAUUGACCUCCAAACAACGCGGACGUUGACAUUGAUCUCGAAGACGAUCCAGUCUUUGGGCAAUUUGGUGAGCAGCCGGUCAGCGCAGCAGGUCUGCAAGGAGGAGUACAUGGCCGAACUCUAUAGAAGCUUUUGCACCACAAGACAUGUGCAAGCGAUAAAACAAUUUCUGGAAAUAAUCUCAACCAGUUCGGACACGCAAAAUAAUAAUGUACAAGAAACAUCGGUCCUACUUAAAGAAGGGACGAUGAUAAAACGUUCCGAGGGCGUUCGUAUGGGCCCUGGCUCCCCGCGCAGGCGCUGGGUGAGACCGGCGCAUACGCACUCCAAACGGAGACACUUUAGACUUACCAGUGGUGAGUUGUGGUGGUCUCGCUGUGGGGCAAAAGCAGCUGCGCAUCGGUUACCCCUCUCCGGCGUGUUGUCGGUGUCGCCAGUAGAUUGCCCGCCAGCCGGAGCGCCCUUGGAUGCCAAUAAUAUCUUCCAAAUAGUGCAUAGAGAGCGUGUCCUGUUCGUACAAGCAAGCAAUUGUGUGGAGCGCGCUGAGUGGUUACGACUUCUCUCUGCAUUGUGCCGUCGUUCGCCCGCCACGCCCCCGCAUAGGGGCUACUACGUUGACACCAAGUGGUCAUGUUGCGGCCGUAGUGAAGCAGAUGCCGAGGGCUGUGGGGGUGGGAUGGAGGGCGUGGCUGAAUGGGGUCCUGCGGGCUCCCUGAGGGGGGACGGCGUAGUACGAGGCCCCGCAGCACUGGCUCUGAGGUUGGACCCUGCGAGGGACCUUCAACGGCUACAUGCAUUGCUCAUGUCGCAUACGAAGUUAUUAGAUACGAGAUUACAUCGACCGCCUGAUGAUACAAAUCCACAAGAGCGCGAAGCUGAAGCGUCGACACUCCGUGAACUACAAAAAGUGAUGUUCGACCUCGAGACCCGGCAUUGUACGUACAGGCGGUCCUUGGCCAGAGAAACUAAAUAUGGCAGCAAACAAGCCCCCAUCGGCGACGACAACUACCUGCACCUGGCAGGAGCGGGGGCAGCGGAGAGCGGGAGCGGGGCUCUUUGGCGGGCGUGGAGAGGGGCCGGCUCCCCCACCAUUGACUUAGACGGGAAGGCACUUCCUCCGCAACCCUCGCUCGACAUGUGCUCCAGCUCGGAGUCGCUCAAGCUGCCCCGCCUCGCGGACGACCGCUCCUCCGGCAAAUCCAACAAAUCCACCGGCAGCGGCUACCUAGCGAUGGCCUGCCUCAAGCACGAGCCGUCAGAGGACAGCGACGCCUCCGCCGACAAACCGGCUCGACCGCCCAAACCGGCCCGGCUCUCCCCCUCCCGCCCCCCUCUCUGCGAAUACGUCGACGUGGAGAGGAAACCGCCCGUCCGCCGGCCCAAGCCCGACGUGAUGCCCAAACGUAGCGAAUACGAACUCUCGAAUCGCUGCAAGGAGUAUGAGCUGAUGGCCAAUUUCAUGAGUCACGCCCAGGCUUCGGAAGACGUCCCGCCUGCGGUCCCACCGCGCGGCAACACGGCGCGCCGGACGAAACCGGUCGAAGAGACGAAGACGGACGAACAGACAGUAUUACCGGCCACUUCCACCGCCAGCCUCCCGGAAGACAUGAACUGUGAACCGGAUCAGGAGAACUGCGAACGACCGACGAGCAAAAUAGACACGGUCUCGAACGACGACAGCCUGCUUGACGAAUUGCAGAGGGACACGUACUGCGUCCUCAAAGUGUGCGAAGACGAAGACGCCUCCACCGAGAAAUGCGACGAAGCAAAAGAAAAGAAAGACAAAGAAGAAUAUGGAAUGUUCUCCAGAAUAAGUUUGCAGAGGAAGUCUAAUCCUAUAAAAACUCAGUCGAAGUCGAUAAAAACCCUCAAGACUUCGAAUUCCACCUCGAACGUUCACGACGUCGCGAAUGCGUCGAGGCCUUUGGCCGAGCGAUUCACCCCUUUCUUUCUAAAGAAGAAGCCGAAGUCGGAGACGAAAACGGAGGAAGGUUCGAAGAGCAAGAGCAAGGAGGACAAUUUGAUAGGGCGGUUGACGCCGAGAUUUGGCCAAUCGCGACUGUACGGACGCGGGCAAUCGUUAGAUUUGACCGCGGGCAACGCGGGCAAACGCAUCGAGCGCUCGGCGACGACGGUCAGCAUUCCCUCCCGGCCGUUGCACAUGAGCAGCGUCAAGUUUCCCUCCCUCCAGCGGUACAGCACGCAAGACGAAGUGCAGUGUCACGCUUACGUGAGCGAAGACCCGCCCUCCGGUGAGCAAUGGCGGCCAUCGGCGACUCUGCUGACGGCCGCCACCAACGAUAUUAGACUGUAAAGCCGAGCGAUUGAGGGCUGCGCUGGCUCUCGUUUCGAAGGCUGCGGUGGUAAUCUCUCUCCUGUCCACUCGUAUGUAAGAUGGUGCGAAUGUAUACUUUAUAUUUAUUUCUAUAUUUUUCGAACUCGUUUUCGACCUGAGCAUGUGCCUCCUCUAGUUUUAGGAUUUCGUGAGCGCCGAUAAAUUUAGGCUAAUGGAAUACUCAAAGGGUGCCAAAAUUCAGCCAUUCCCGCACGACUGAGUUGUGGCGUAUUUAUAUGAACUAAUAGUAGAGAACAAUAUCGAUGUCCACUUGACGCCAAUGUCGCUUUUGACUUGUUAGCUUUGUAAAAUAAAUUUAAGCUAUUUAUGUAGAUAACUGUAAAUUAUGAAUAUUAAGUUAUAUUUUCAUACUAUUCUUGGAUGUGACCCUUGUUAAGUCCUCACUUAAGGCAGCCGAUUACUCGGGUGUCAAUUAUCAUUUGUCUAAAUGCAACGUGAAAUAUUAUAAUAGAAAUGCAUUUAAAUAAACACUGUUAUUACAAUAAUAUUUACCUCGUAAUUGGAGCUUAAUCGCCCUUAAUGUAUCGUCUUAACGAGUGUCAUACGUGGCGCGAGCCUCUUUGUAUAUUAAAUUUAAUGACCUAAUUAGAUAUACUAUUUAAAAUUUGCUAAUUUAAGUAGUGAUUCUAAAAUUUAUAAAACUCAACUUAUAUUAAAACGAAACACCAUUUAGCGUUAUUUGCACCUACAUAUUAUUAUGUACUUAAAAGUGAUAUUAAUGCAAAUAUAUAUUAUAUAGCGAAAUUCUAAACAUAGCCUUAGACCACGCCUAAAGUGCAUCGUUCUGUGAUUGAAUUUACAAAAUGCAUCUUUUAUUAAGUUUAAUGUUGUUUUGUAUAAAAUAAACGUACGACAGACUAUAUUAUUCUCAAACUGUAUAUUAUAUGUUCGUUGUUAAGGUGCAUUAUCUCGGAUUAAUUUACGAUAAAUAAACUUUAAGAAAUAUUAAAAUUGUACAAAUUUCAU